AUGGAGCCAUAUGGAGAUAUACCACAUUAUGACGAAGGAUCAUCUCCUUUGGAUGCUUUGCACCAGGUAGCUGUUGAAUAUGCUUCAGCUAUCAAACUUAAACCAAGGGAUCCAAAACUUCACUUCCUGCUUGGCCUGGCCAUUGAAGAGCAAUACUAUGCUUCUGAAAUAUACGGGCUUAAGAAAAGGACCGAAGAAGACGCCCAAGAACUCAGCAGUGCUAAAGCUGCUGGUAGAGAAGAUGAAAUUUUGGCCAUCUGCAAACUUCAUGGGUUCCAGGGAAAGCCUACGCUGGAAAAUCAGCUGCAAGCCCUGGAUGCUGAGUUUCAUCAGCUAAAGGACCAGGGUCAGUCAGGCAGGGCAGACUACAUACAGACUCUUUUCAUCUGGAAAUCAAAGAAGGCUGGCAAGGAUGGACGUGCAGGAGUCUUAGAUGAAGAAAGCCCACUUCACCAAGCCCUUCUAAAAUACCUGGAUGCUUGGUCCUUGAACCCUGAUAACUGGCAGUACAACUUCCACGUUGGCAGAUUAUUCCUGCUGCAAGGAAAAAGUGAAGUAGCACAACAACACCUGCAGACAUCCCUCGCCCUCCGACCAGCUUCUCCCGCUACAAGGUUUUACACAGGCUUAGCUCUACUGGAGCAAAAGGAAGGACCAGGGCAAAGAGCGCAGGAAGCUGUGAUGUACCUACAGGAGGGUUUAGAAGAACUAAUUACUCAACAGUUUAAUGCAGCAAGUGAAGACACGGAAAGGAAAGAUGACCUGCAGGCUGUAAAUCCGUUUUCCCUAAUGAACACACAGUUAAUAAGAGGGUUUCUUAAACUGGGAGCCUUGCUUAAAAAAAUGAACUUUUCUGGAAAAAUAAUGACUGCUGAGGAAGUUAUUCAUAUUGUGGCGGACCUCACAGCAAAGGCUUUGUGCCAGUGUCCGUUUCGGGGAGCUGUAAUGCAGCAGCUGGAGUGGGGGCUCCUAGAGGCUCAUUUCUUCCUCCUGGAGUCUCUGGUCCUGCAGCCGAAGAGGAAAGAGUCCUGGAUAGGAAGGAGGUGCCAGGCAUUAUCAGCAUUACUCAGGCUCACCUCCAUCCCUGCCUGCAAAGAACUUUUAGAUAUGCAGGAAAAGGUUUGCCAGUUAGGUGUUAUAGCAACUCCCUGCAACAGUCAUGCUCUGUACCUGCUUGGCGUAGCACAGCUUGAUCAGUACGACAACAAUUCAGAUUCAGAGAAUGCCCAAAACUCCAUCAGAGAUGCUCGCCACAGUUUCCAAGCCAGCAUUAACCUUGAAAACAAGUCAGCAUUUGGGCCUCCCCCAACAGAAAUAUCAGGUCAAAAAUGGUGGCAGGAUUGGGUUAUGAGAGAGAAAGAGAAAGCUUCUGUGCAGUUCCAGCAAUCCCUCAAGCCAGAGGGGGCUCCAGCUACAAGCCCUGCAGGAAAAGGAGUGGCUCGAGGGAGGGGUGUCACUGCCAGAGGAGGGGUCGCUCCUAGGGGAGGCACUGCAGCGCAAAGGGGUGCUGCUGUAAAAACUGCUGCUCCCACUGCAAGGGGGCGAGGUGGAGCUGUGACUCCAGCAAAGCCAAGUGGGACAAGCAAAGCUACUUACAAAACAAAUUCUAAAACACAGCUUCCUGGCACAAGUUCUGAGAAACCAGACAGCAGUCAAGACAAAGUAAAACCAGCAGCAGCUGAAGCCAGUAGUGUUCAAGAGAGUACUGGAACUCCUAGUCAAGAUGAAAGUUCACCUCCAAUAAACCGGAAAUCUCACUUCCACCAUCUUGGCCUGGCACGUGCCCUGUCGCGCAAUGAGGAAACUCAAGAAGAGGCCUGCAUACUGUACCAGGAAAUUAUUGUAAUGUCACCAGAUUUUCGUGAUACAUACAUUGAACUUGCUGAUCUACUAAUGAAGACUAAUCCACUUGCUGCAGUAGAUAUUUACUGCAAAUUUCCUAUGAAGCCUGUCAAGGAACAGACAUUCGAGGAUGCCUUUAUCACUGGAGAGAUUGUACGUAUUUUGAUGAAACAGGAAAUGUAUGAUCAUCCCAAGUUAGCCUCCAACAUGAUUGAUUAUGGAAAGGUCAUGGGAACAGGAUGCAUAGAGAAAUACAUUACUAAGCUUGAUGAGAAGUUUAAAACAAACCUCUUGAAGACAAUUUAUGCUGGCAUCCACGAUAAAUCUGUUGAUGACAAAGAUCUUCAGGAUUUCUUUCGCUUCAAAUGUUGGCUCUAAAUGUAUUUGUUCUUUAUAUCUGGAUAGCGAUGAUGCAGUUUGUUUUGAUAUAAAACCCUAACUGUGGUAAGCACAAUCAUUUCUGUUUGUAACCUGUAAAGAACCAUAGUUGUACUCUUUUAAGGUACUUGUAUCUCUGCUAAAACAAUAAACACUUUUAUGU